UGCGGUCAAGCGCGUCGGUGUGAUCGGCCGCGUUUUGGUCCUCUGCUGCAUUCUCGCGUCCCAUGGAAAAACCAUCGACGCCGUCUGCGCUAGUUCGGGGACCGUCGCGACGGCCCGGCGGAGACGCCGGUCGUCGCAAUAGCUUGCUCUCGAAUGUCGAGCAGUUCAAGCUCCUUCAAGCCAUGGCCAACGUCCCGACGUCGCAAAAGCACGUGUCGCUCACCACACGGGCGUCUGCACUUGCGCACGACCCUGUGGUCCAAGCGCGGCGCCUUCUGAUGCCUCUCCCGACUCCUCCAGGCACCCCUGCGCUGCCGCCAUCGUCCCAGGCGUCGAGAGAUAGCAUGUCGACCCCGCACUUGGAUCGGAACUCGACCAUCUGCAACGCUGUCAUCGUCCUCUGGAACAACAAGUGCAAGCUCCAAGCGCUGCGGCAGUGGCGCGAGUUCACGAUCGCCGAAAACGACCGGCUCCGCGACAUGUUUGUGCGCCGCGUCCGCACCGCUACCAAGGAGAUUCUCGUCGGCAAGGCAAUCGCCACGUCGUCGCGCACGACGACCGAUGAUGCGGGUGGCCAUGCGACGGCGUUGACUGCGUCCGACGUCGACAUGCUCGUGACAUGGGCAGUCGAGAUUCAAACCAAGUCGUUUGCUGGUGUCCAUCGCAGUGUCGUCGAGGACGUGGUGCAAAACAUGGCGCUGCGGACGUACCCAGACAAGGCGUGCUUGUUCAUGGAAGGGGACGUCGGUCAAUUCUACUACAUUUUGUUCUCGGGAACCGUCGGGAUCUACGUCGGGAUGCCGCCAGAGUCCAAGGCGCUAGCUGCCACGAGCCAUGGUCAAGCCAUGAAGUGCAUUCGCACCGACCCGGCCUUUCUCGGGCAAUUCUUAUACUGCAUCCCCGAAGGCGAUGGAUUUGGCGAGGUCGCGAUGUUCUCGACGGACGCACGGCGCACUGCCUCGGCCGUCGCGAGCGGCCAUUGCGAACUGAUCGAAAUCCCAAAACAAGUGUACCAGCGCACGCUUCGGGCGUACCACUACGCGACUUAUUCCAAGGCGCAGAAGAUUGCGUUCCUGCCGUCCGUCGACAUUUUUGCCGACUGGCUACAGGUCAAAAUCGCAGCCGUCUCCGACUUGCUGGAGCGCCACGAACUGAGCUUUGGCUUUCGCGUGUUCACAUUCGACCGGCCCAUGGAGGCAGUCUACUUCGUCGUGUCGGGGGACUUUCAAGUGACCCAGCGGUGGCACGAGCCGGUGCUCGAGCAUCCACCUGCCUUGCCAGAGUUCAAAGCCACGCCGAAAAGGUCCAUCGAUAUCCAAGUCGAACGAGUCACGCGCCGCGGCGUGCUGGGCUUGCCGCUGCUCCUUUCGGACGGUGCCAAGGCCAAAGUCGACGUAACAGUCGUCACCGCCACCGCCGACGUCUACAUCCUCAAGCAAGCCAACUUGGCAGCGUUUCGAGCACUGCUGCCGACGAGCGGCCUUGCGCAGUUGGCCAAGAAAUGGCAAGCGCAAGAUCAACAGCGCAGCGCCGCGUUCGCCCGUGCCGUCGCGACCCUCCAAAGCACGUCACGUGCAGCCACGGACGCAGCGUCUGAAUCGAAUGGAGGAGAGUCGCCCGCGGUGGCGUACAACCCAGACGUGUCGGAUCAGCAUUUGCCAGGACUGCCGAUCAUGGUGUCGAUGUGCGCCAAGAAGUUUCUCGUCGAGGAUUGGGACCUCCUCGUUGACCGGAGCGAUAAGCCGAUUCCAACUGCCUUCAUCCCCUCUGCCCCUCCCAAAUGCAAACCUGCCAACGCUACGGAGAGCCACAUGAUCGCGUCGAAAACGUUCACCGACAUGUCGGCGAAUGCUCAUGUUUUCCAGUGGAAUCCCCAAACCGGGUUCCACGGCACGAGCCGCGCCACUGACACUGACGUUUACGUGACCAAGGACACGCUGGUUCGAACGAAAGGUGCCGACGACUUGCGCAGUCCGACGCGACCACGCAGCGUUGUGGAGCCGACCGCCCUCGACGCCGCCUUCCAACACAAUAUUUAUCGCACGCGACAGCUCGCCAGGGCAGUUGUGAGGGAGCAUCACACCCUGGCUAAAUCCCGCGCUGUCGUCGUGCCACGUCACACAUCGUACAAGCACGCGUUUUAACUUGUUCGAACAGUGACACUUGAAAUGUGUGAAACGCAUGUGGACACUUCAAAGAUGUGACAUAACGUGGACAUUUCAACAACGUGAAUAAAAAGGCCCG